GCGAGAUGGAGUACCGCAGCGCCAGUGUGUUUGUUGUGUUGUGGAAAGCUUUUCCAGAGAAACGCGUUUGUUCCAUUCAAGGGAAAGGACGGUCGGUAUUUUUUGUGUCUGCCGUCGUGUACAGGUCGCUCGCCUAAACUGAACCGUGGUCGCCAUUUAUUCCCGGCCGUCGCUAGCAUUGAAUCGCCGACAUGUAAGUGCUGUGCUGUGUGGGCAAAUCCCUUCACGUGCAAACUAGUGUAAAGUCGUGAUAGUACGACGUUGUUAGUGCUUAGUGCUGUGCAUAUGAACGUCGUGAAAUAGUGCCACAAUCGUUCAGUAGAAAUAUUAUAUACAAAGUUGGAAAAAAUGUACUGAUCGUCGUGUUUUCUGUGCCUAAAGCGAGUGAUGUUUUCCAUCAUAUUCAGAGCAAAUCACAUUUCCAACUGUUCAGUAUCUGUGUGUACGUGUGUUUUUGCUAAAUAAAGUCUGAAACGAUGCAAGAAAAAGUGCCCUAUUUAAAGUGACACAUCGUGUAAGGCGCUGGAAGGAGGAAGAAACAGUAUAGUGAGUUAAUCGUAGUAAGCGGCAAGGCGGCAACCUUUUCAUGCAAGAAGACGUUUCAGCAUAUUUCCGGCGCUUCAUUCAUCUCUAGAUGGUCACCUGUGCAGACAACUCUCACCAGAGAUGCACAGCAGCUUUACAAUAUUCGCGAACUUAGUUCUCUAAUCACGAAAUGCGCAGAAGUCUAUCAACAUCAUCAUCGUUGUUGUGUUAUAAUUUUGAAAAUAUCGCCUUCAGCUCAAAAACCUUUCUACUUCAUUCAUUGUUGGCUUUGUAGACCGGCAGCAGCAUCCCUGAUAUAGUUCUUGCACAACCUGGGGCGAAUGUUCAUCUUGAGGUUGGAUCGACAUCCUUCUACGUGUUCAACGCAUCCCGUAUCUCCCCCACGCUGCCGGUUUACAGGGGGGUGCAUAUUAAUUGCAACCGUUUCGCAAUGUUCAUGGCCAUCGUAUCAUCAAAACCAGUACAAAAAAGCACGAGGAUAAGGUGUUGCGUUUGCGUGUUGAAUGAAUAACGUGAUAGAAGACGCGCAAUAACACACACACACACAUACUCGCACAGACAGAUAUGAACAUUCCAACGUUUCCUGGCAACGCUAUGCAAUAGAAAAGGGUGACAACGAAGCUAUAGUAAGCACACGACCCUGCAUCCAAUUGCACCGAUCUGUAUUGAUGUGUGCAUGGAAAGCACAACCCAUUGCCAAAAAAGAGCACAUUUACACAUUGGCAUUGAUAUUGAAAAAUUAGUGGUGCAUACAUAUUUAGCAUGCAGAGGAUUCCACUGUAGUGCCUAAAACCGUUGUGAGACAUGGCCUAACGAAAAAUGGGCGAAAGAAACGAAAAGUCAUAGAAUUGGCAUCCAAAAACGAAGAUAUAUUGCCUUGUGUCAAAUGUGACAUAUACUCAUCUCUGGAAACGUCACAGUGAGAAGAGACUAAAAACGGUUGCUUGUGAAACCAGUAGUCCCAACGCUAGUACAAGUGUGUGCGAAAGAAAGAUAUGAAAAAGAAGGAAAGAUAGAGAGAGAAAUCUGAGACUAGAUCAAAAACCCAAGCGCCAACGCAACUACAGGAUAAUGAAGUUGUUGUAUGCUGGACGCCAUUGCGUUGUCAUAUUGGGUGGGCAGAAAUGAAGACGAAAUACAACGAUACUAAUAGCAGCAACUCUCCGCUCAUUCUGUCUAAAUUUCGGUGCAUUCGCCGUUUGUACCAUCAGACACGUAUCGAUACAGUGCUGUAAAAGGGGCCGGAAAGUGAACGAGCGAUCGUAUCCUUCCGGUCGAUCGAACCGCGUGCGCGUUUUUGUGCCGCGAGUAACGCCAUGUACGUUAUCAACCCAGCACCGGCAUCACAGGACCUACAGCCCACUGUCAGCAGCUACGUGGCCGCCCACCAUCCGGGUAGUCCCGAAUCGAUUGAACUUGAACAGCAGCAGCACAAAGAAAUUCUUAGCCAAAUACUGACAAAAUGCAAUGCCGACAUGUCGGAGCAGGUGGCCAAUUUUAGCUGCCCUGAUGAGAAGACUCCCCCUCGGCCGACUGCGACAUUAGUUAAGGAAGGUACAAAGCCGUCCACAUCACCUACUUCGGCACAUCCAACAAUCUCAUCACCGUGUACCGAUGCAGAAAGGCACGAUGGUUUAAAGCAACCUCUUGAACCCAGUUCGUCGUCGAAAGAAACAAGCAGUGCAUCUGUAGGAGAGGACGAUUCAGGACGUCAUGGGAAGGAUGCUGAAGUCAGGUCGCCUCCGCCCACAGUAAAACGGAGCACAUCGCCCGACAGUUCACCCCUGUCUACGGGAAGCUCUUCCAAUGCGGCUUCCCUCUCCCCAGCAUCGUCCGAUGGGCUGACGAAAGCACAGGUGAAGUCGGAACCAUUGACUGAAGCGCUGGUACCCGCGUCCAACUUUGCCAGCGUAAUACACCCGAAAGAACGGGCACUCAAAUCAAUCGCGGCAGCAGCAGCUUCGAAUGAACGGAACAAUGCGGCGAAUGGUGGCAGUGCUACGGCUAAGUCAUCCACUAAAUUUGCCGGACCAGGACGGAGCAUGUUGAAUGGUACGAGUAAUUUUCCAUCCGGUACAGCGACCAACAUCGGGACUGGCACCGCAUCUGGUGGCAGGUUGCAAUUUUUCAAAGAUGGAAAAUUCAUCCUGGAACUAGCCCGUGCACGCGAAGGUGAAAAAACCAGUUGGAUUUCGGUGCCGCGGAAAACCUACUGGCCACCGACUGUUUCCUCCACCAGUGCCAACUUCCACAAGCACGAAAGUUCUACUUCUCUCAGCUUUUCCGAUGAUAACAGCUCCAUCCAGUCAUCGCCCUGGCAGAGGGAUCAUUGCUGGAAACAAUCGAAUCCACGUUCGAACAUUUCCAAGGAACUUUCACUGUACUAUUUUCGGCCGUUGAAAGCUCGAGGUAAACCAUCCAACGAUACCCGUUUACGGUGGCGCCGGAAACGACGUCGUCCUUAUGAGUCAAGUCUUCCACCGGAAGCCACAUCGAAGGUUCACUUGAACUCAACGGUAGAAUCAGAAGUCACGGAGAAUGGCAAGAGUGAAUGUAAGAAAAAGGAAACCAAACCGGCAACGGAUGAAAAUGGUGACAUUCCCGAAAGUCAUUCCGAAAUGUCUAACGGCACUACACCGAUGGAUACUACUGAGGCAAGCCCGGCGAGCGAAGGAGAUGAAAGUGGUACGCAAAAAGCUAAAGGAACAAAUCAGAAGGAUCCGAUGGAUGAUGAUCAUAAACAAAGCAAUGGUCAUCAUCUGCCACCAAAUGGGACACACUUUCGAACAUCUCGUUGGAAACGUCCAGGAGGGAAAGAUCUUACUUCAAUCAUUCAAACGCUAAUAGAGCAGCAGCAAACAAAGGUCGCCAACUCUCUGACAUCUCCAGCGGCGGGAGGCUCGGCGGUCGGUCCAUUUCGUCUCGGAACGAUAGCAGAACGCGGGAACAAUGGUGGGACGAGCUUCCGCAGUUCUGUAUUUGCGAGUUCAGCCGCAUCGCAGAAUGUUUCGCCUCGCAAAAGAAUUCUUCGCGAACUGGAGAAGGUUUCGCUAGACGAUGUUGGCAGUAGUGGCACGAGUAGUACGAAAAGAUCUCGCCCGAAGUCAGGAUCCACCGUAGGUACACCCGUAAUUGUAACGGCAACAACUGCAACGCCCCUGUCGACACUGGCGACAAAUGGUACGGGAAGCCCGUUGAAUGGCGGUAACACGAGCAGCAGUAGCGGUGGUAAUAGCAGUAGUAGCAACAGUAACAGCAAAACCAACGGUCAUCUAAAUGGUUCUGGAUCAAUUGUAAAUGGUACAACUGGAGGUCCUGGAAAACAGCCGUUGAACGGUGCGGGAAGUAGCUUGUCACCUGCAUCGAAAAAUGCUACUGUGGCCCCGGCUCCCGUGUCGAAGCCAUUCAGUAGCUAUAGCAUAACCUCACUUCUGGGCCACAACACAAGCUCCAGCAGUGGUGAAUCAUCUUCCUCGGCAAACUCUUCCUCGUCUGAUGCACUGCAGCGCAAAACGGACGUAUCGGUGGCAUCGGUCACAUCAACAGCUAGUCAUCAUCACUAUCCCUAUCCGCAAAAUCCACUGUCGCCACACCACCAGUAUCAGGGACUGACCAUUGAUUCCAAAUCUCCUGUAAUGACGGAUACCGCGCAUCACGCUCACUAUCAGGGUCAACUGGGAUCGAAUCGCUAUGGCGGGUACAACACCAAGAAACGGUCGCCCAGCUAUGGAGGAGGAAAUAGUACUGCAGCAUCGCCAGGGGCUACCUCUGGCGGAAGUGGUAGUGUUGAUCCAUAUGGCAAUACGAUCCGGUCACCAGAUCUAAGUCCUAGUCCCGAACAUAAUCAUACUCAUCAGCAGCAUUCUCAUCACUCAGCGCACCAACCACACCAUGGGCUCCAUCAUACACCGGGAUCGGUUUCGAACAGUGGAUUUUCCCGCUACCGUCAACAUCCGUAUGGUGGCAGCCCCAGCAGUUACUCAUCCGCGCCCUCAUCUUCUCGCUUUUCACCUUCACCUAGUACGAAUGAUUCAGCGACAACACCACCCUAUUCAGGAUCUGUUUCUGGAACUGUAUCUGGUGGUGCACGAUCAGCGAUUUCCUAUCGUACUGGGUACCAGUUAAGUGGAAAUGGCAGUCAAGGACAUUCCCCACCUGCUAGUAACGGGUCUCCGCAACACUAUUCCCGUGCAUCACCCUUGAAUUUUGGUCGAGGAGCACACCAUUCUCCUCCGCCGCCAGCCGGAUCGCAUCAUCAUCAACAUAAUCGGAAUGCCGGUACGUCCUCAUCAUCGCCCCGCGCUUCUCCAAAUGGUGGUGGUGUCACAACGUGUCACGCUACUACCCCAACGACUGCCAUGGCAUCGUUAACGACUGGUGUGACUCCUGGGACGAGCAUACGAACGGUGCCGAAGAAGACGGCCGCUCUGAGGCAGCCAUUCUCCGGUGGCCAUUCGCCUUCCUCUUCAUCACCAUCUCGUGAACGUUCCAAUUCGAACGCUUCCAGCUCGUCAGUUAAAAAAGAAUCACUACCAGAAGGUUCUGAUUCAGUCGAUGGACCUUCCCUGAGCCACCAUUACGGUACAACACCUUCAUCGCCCGCGGGAGUAAUUAGACCGAAUACAGUGAUUGCAUCGCCGACUGCGCAUCAUCCAGUUGCGAAUCCCUACUAUCCGCUGUACCAAACUCAGUUGGCUGCAUCCUCAUCGUCACCGUCGAUGAAUGCUACAGCUGCAGCCGUUGCUGCCGCAGCUGCUGCCAGUGCUGUACCGUUCCAUGCGGCUUCACUUUCAUACUACCAGCAAAUGUACACUGCAGCCGCGAUGGGAUUUCGCACUCCGUUUUGGAUGCAUUACCAAGGGCUACCGGGAGUAGCUCCACAUGCUCCCCACCUGGUACAAUCGCCGCACCACCUUCUAUCAUCAUCUUCCUCGGCCGCGCAAACAAUGCCCCUAACCGAUCGGCGUAUUAUUGAUCGAAAUCCACCGUCCCCACCACCUCCAACAUCUGCCUCGUCGAUCACAGACCCAUCAGAAUCGCAACGACUACAACAUUCCAUCCUAGCCACACCUAGCACGACAGCAGCAGCAGCAGCAGCACUUAACUACAGUGUCACAGCGCUUUCCUCAUCCUCACGUGACAUCAUCAAUGGUGGAAGUGCUUUUUCCUCGCCGAGCGGAUCAAAUUGGCCCACCGAUGCCGUAGGCUAUCAACAUCAUCCUGAUCUUUCCUCUCGUUCGCCUGUGACAGCGUCGGGGAUAACGUCGGCAACUGCCAAAGAUGAGCCCAGCAAUGGUGAGUGCCUGCGAGGACCGCGAUCAUCAUACGUCCCCCUGAACCUGUCCAAACAUUAGGAGAAAAGUUACAAGACAGCCAAAGGCGAUCAACAACAACAAACAACAAUUCAAAGGCCCGAGUGAUCUGUUUUUUUUCUGUACACGUAGAUCGUGCAAACUGACUAAGUGCAGAGAUACGGUGCUGAUCUGCUUAAGAAGCAAGAACAACAGAAAAGGAUGAAACCAACGUUAAUGUCGGUGGCAUAUCAUGUGGAGGGUCCAAGCAUCGAUGGUAUCACUGUAAUUAUUCCUCUUGAACAGGUAUUCAUGCGAUAAAUAUUUUUGAAAUUACCUCAGGAAAGGGAGGUAGUGAGAAAAGCGCGCCAAUAGUAUUAAGAACAAAGCUUAAAUUAUAUUUGCAAAUAUUUCAGACAAACCGAAGGCUUGUCAAUACUGUGCGACCACGUGUAAUGAGUAUGCACCAGACAUUGGUAAAAAUGGUGGUAUUUUUUUGUAACAAAACAUAGAAACAAACGAAAAGAGAUACUAUUUUUGCUAAGUAACAUUUGAAAUGUAGAUGUGGUGGACCGUGGUGUACAUCAGGAGGAAAGAGUCAGUCAAUCGUAAAGAACAAUUAUCAUUGGAUUGCAUGUAGUGUCUACAUUAUAGAUAUGUUAUUGAAUCGUACAAGUGUUAAAGCAACAAAACAAACAAACGCGACACAACAUAAAAACAACAUUAUCAGAGCAGAGGAAAUCAAUAGAAAAGUGCAAAACCAUAGAGUAUACAUUUUUAAAGUGAUGAAUCAUUAAUUACACAAUUGGAAAGCUCGUGGAGUCUGUGGCCAAGUCAGGUAAACCAUUUUGAAUUCGGUUUGCUCUAGCAAUCGUACGUGUUUCCUUGAAAGUAAUUUAUUUUUCCCGCUUCGUCAUGGUCAUUCGUAUGUACAUUUAACGUACUUGAAUAAGAAUAAGUUUUAAAGUACACGAUUUCUAAAUUAGGUCCGAAUCGUGACUGGGUUGCAUUUGCUAGCCUAUGUGCAAAGAAUGUCUCAAACGCAGUUUUUUUUUAUCUGAAGAUAUGACAAAUAUUCGAGCGAUGGUCAAUUGUGGAUUCUUGUUUCAGAUCGAUCGAUUCCGCAACCGUGAUUUGAAACGCACAUGGUCGAUCGUUCAAUGUUGUUAGCUGCUAAGGAACCGAUACCCGAUAUUAUUAUACUGAUCGGCCCCGUAAUGUGCAAUGUUUGGCUACCGAGGACGCAUUUUGUGUUAGUGAUACAUGUUUUGAUGUGAAGUGUGCACUUAUCUGUGUGUGGGUGUAAUGUAUUACACAUAAAAACAAUGUAAGGGAAAGCAGUAUAUAAGCAUGUUGUACAGUACUUUCCAUAUGCAUGGGCGUGGGACUGAGCGGUGGGUGAUGAUUUGGAGCACGAUUAGAAAGGAAUCUCACGUAGAAUAUAGCAACAAAAAAGAAUGAAAAAGGAAACUAUGUAUUAGAUUUUGAGGGUCGACAAAAUGUAAAAACGCGUCCAAGCCGCGUAUAUGUAUGCUGCAGCAGUUACAAGUCGAAACUGGAAAAUUGUGUUGCAUUCUGCAUCACCCUCCUUUUCUCAUACAACAGACUGAAACAAAUUUACUCGUAGAUUUUAGCGCAGCAACUAGCAGUCUAGCUGAAAGACAGAAUAUUUAACGCGUGCACUAUUUACACAAUACAAUCGGACGAGACAAAACAGCGAAAUAGUAUGGUAGUGGAAGUUUCAUAAAUUAAAAACAAAAUCCAAAAGUAACACACUCAUACACAAAAACACGAAAAAGAUAUCGAACAAAAAAGAUAGAGAAAAUAUUUUUCGCUAUUUUUAUACAACCACUUUGAGAGGCGGCAGUUUAUUAUAGAACUAUUUGCAUUCAAAAAUGAACACAUUGAAUACUAUAUAUACAAAAACUUUACACAUAUAUAUACAAUCACGUGUCCAAAGUCUAGAGUGCGAUGCUUAUCGUCCCGUUUGCCACGUAACAGAUAGAGAAAUCUUAAUCCGGAGAAGGGAAAUAAUUUGUAUGUAAUCAGAAUUGUCAAAAUUUUGAUAAACUUUUAACCUCUUGAAAACGGGCUGAUAGAAAUUGAACAAUGAAUUAAAAUCAAGUAACAAAAAUAUAUUGCGUGCCUUUGAAGAAAAAGAAAACAAAAGUAAACAAACUACAUACACGGACGACGAACAAAGCUACUGAAACCGACAUGAAAAUAUUAUAUACCAAUCGAUAGAAAACAAGCUGCAUUCAGUCUUUGGAGUAAGCUUAUUGACCAAUGUAACCGAUCGAAACAAACCCGAAACUGUUUAAUACAAACACAAGUUACGUCAGUAAUAGUAAAGGGAAGGCGAAUGAUUUUAUUUGUUUAAUUUCCACAAAAUACGCAAGACGGCACAAUACGUCAUUAGGAGUUGGUUAAUGAAUGACCAGAAUCAACUAUGGAAGUGAAAAUUUCAGGAAAAUCCAUUAACUUGCAAGUAAUUAGGUGCAAAUAUUGCUUUUACUAGGAUCAUCUUUUCUUCUUCAGUUUUGCUUUACGCUUUAGCAUAUUAUAUGUUCCAAAGGUUUAUUUUCUCUCUCUAAACUUUACAAAGCACCCUUGUGUCAGACACUUAUUUUAUUGUUGAGUUAUUGUAUUUGACAUAAUUUUGCUUUGCAAUUAUGAAAUGUUGUUUAUGUUAUAAAAUUUCAUUUGCUCUAAAGAUAUUCAUACAAGUGAUUUCCUUAGUUGAAUAUGUUUAGACCAACCCGAAGAAUACAAUUAGUUGAAUUAUGACCAAACGAACAUAACGACUUUGUUUUGGAGACUGCAAAUUAAUUCAACUAAAGUCAGUAACAAAUUUACUUUCCGUGUGUCAAAUCACUUUGAUUGUUGAUUUGACAUAGUUUGAGACUAAAUUUUGGUGAAAUAAAUAAAAAAAAUCAUCUUUUAACAUUUUGUGGAACAAAUAGAUGAAAAGAAAGAGGAAAAGUUGAUCAUUAGUAAGGGUUUCAACACCGAACGCAACACGUGAAACAUAUUGUGUGGAUGUUGUUGAGUUAGAAAUUAAUUUCCAAUAGUUGAUCCUUUUCAUUCAUUGAAAUUGCAAGCCGGAUAAUGAUAAACGUGUGAACCAUUGCCAUUGCUGAUAGAAAUGCUGGUGCCAAAGGUUGGACUUAUGGAAAGAGAUUAGAUGAAACUAGUACGUCCAGUAGGAUGGUGUGAUCUCAAUGUCCGUUAACAUUCUAACACACAGUUCUACGAAUGAGAUCGUGGACGCACACAAACGUGAACUCGUUGGUAUGCGAGUUUAUCAGCGAUAGCUAACGAAGAUAUUGAAUAGAAAAGAUAGCACCUACGUAGGGCUGUCGGCAGCAAAUACACCAGCAUUAGGUUUCGGAAAAAGAAAAUUAUAGAUUUCAUCUUCACUCAGUCAGCUAUAUAGAUAUAAUUAGGAUUCAUGGUAAAAGGUGCACGGCAAGGUAAAAAAUAUUGUUUUAACGUCGCAACAGAUUUUAUGGGACACAAGUCGGAAAACAUCCACAAGCACAGAACUCCAGCGCACAUUCCAAUAGAAUUGUUUUCCAAAACUGUCGUCAUACGAUGGAUCAUAGAUUUUAUCAUAGCGAUCGAUGCAAACAAUAGACGGGUUUGAAUAAAUUUGUGGCAUGUACGUGUGCUUCUAUUUGUCGCUUUUAAGGAUCUCUUAUUCCUUAACUCUCUCUUUCUUAGCUAUUUGUAUAGAUGUAGCACGCUUAUACUCGGGUUUGAAAUAAUUGGUCAGCAUUAGAAACAGCAGUAUGUGCGGUAAAUAUUGAACAAAACAAAAGAAAAACAAAAUGGCUUAACGAAUGUGUUUUUGGAAACAGCAAUUGUUCCACGAUGUAAGAAAAAUUGGUAGCAGGUUUCGUUUUGCUUUGAAUACGAUUGUGUAGACGGAGCAUUUGUUAAUUUAUCUUAUUUAUUUAGAUAUUAUACUACAUAGACUGCAUACGAAUCAAAUACAAACGAAUAGUAUAUGCCCCCCAAAAAACAAAUACUGCAAAAUAAAAACACAAAAAAGAUAGUGCAAAAUGAAACAAGGGAACUAAACAAUACUGAACAAAAGUGUGGAAGGAUAUUUAUCUUUACAAAACAAAACAAACAAACAAACACGUACACUGGCAUAUUUGUUUAGUUCGAAAAGUUCUUCGCGGCAAACAAAACGACCACAGGUCAAGAGGUUCGGCAAACGGUUUCAUAAAUGGUUUUAUUCGUCGGCAGUACAGUUGUUUGUAUCGUGGGCUUUUAGUGUAGAUAAACUAGGUCGGUGUGGGACGCGACGCGAAAUUGCUGGAAAGUGGCCUGCGCCGUUAUGGUGCAAAAGCAAAGCUUAAAUUAUGGUGUAAGAAAAACAAGUAAAACAAAAUGAAACACAGAAGACAUAUGUAGAAUGUAUAAACUAUCAAUUUAAAACACAAGUGACAUGGAAAAGGGUAAAACAUAUUUAACGUGCAGUGCGUGAGAGGUGUGUGAACUUGCGAACAAGAUGGUAAUAAGCAAGGGACAAACACAAAUGAGGACGUGGAACAAAACAAACCAACAAAACAGAAAACUAAAAGAUUUCCUUUUUUGUAUAAAACUUUACUAUUGAUACGGCUAGUUAUAGGUAACACUAUACAGAUUUGAAGUAGAUUGUCAUAUAUUAUUGCUAUUUCGAUAUGAGUAUACAUAUUAUUGCUAAUAUAUGUAUUCUUUAAUUUGAUGGAUAAGCAUGCAUGUUAAUGUAUGAAUUUGCAUGAAGUAAGCGAUAAAACAAAAAGGAAAGGAAAAAGGAACGAAAGUCAUCAAACAAAGGGUGGCUGGUAAAUAUCGGUAAUGAGUGAGUGUAUUCGAAGUUUCAAUUCAAAGAAAAUCUAUAGUAUAACAUCAAUUCCUAAAACAAACAAAAUGUUGAACGACAACAUCGAAAACAAAACACAUUCUCUUCUACAUCGUGUCAACAACGCACUAUUAAAUCCUUCUUAAAAGAAACUUUUCAAAAUAGUACCUAAUUGAAUAUUCAAUUGCUCUGGAACAAUAUUUAUAACGAUAAUUUGCAUAUUCCAUUUCGUGACGAAUGCAAGUUUUGUUUUAAAACAAACAACUUGUCAUGCUUUUAUUUUUUUUACGGAUUCUCCAUAUUUUGUUCUCCAAAUAGAUUUUUAAUUCUCGAUCAAUAUUUUCCAGUUUUGUUUUCUUCUCAGCAAGAUCCGUUUUUGUUUUGCUAGGCCACUAUGUGUUUCAUGUGGAUAAAUCUUCCUAUCGUACAAUUGACAUCUUCCGGGUACACUUACAUCAUAAAGCCAGACGAAGAAUGGUAAAAGGUGAAACAUGUAAAGACAAUUCAUUGACACUGAACGGAACUGUAAGAUUUCAUUAGGAUUUUGUUUGUUUGUUUUCUUUUUAAGAGUUUGCUCUUUGAUUAUAAGUUAUCGGUCACCUAAGUAAGGUAAGAUCACGUCUUUGGAGAAUUCCCAACAAUUGUUGUUAGGUGUCAUGGAUCCUCUUAUUACCUUUGGUUUCUGUUUUUCGUCGUGCUCGUUCACUUUGGGCGAGACAGUGCACUUGUUUUGAUGAUCGCGCUCGAUCGCAGACAUACUACUCAGCACAUCUACAGAAAAGGGAAAGAAAAAAAAACUAUGAAACCAUACCGAUGAAUGAGAUGAAUGAGGGUAAAACAGGAGACUAUAGUCCUAACGUGGAGGAUGUGUUUGAAAAUGGCAAACAAUUUUGUUUAUUUAAACACAGUAGCAGGAGUUGUACAGUAUUUCAUUUUUCCUUACAUUUUAUAUAGUAUCGAUAUAAGUGAGCUACAAUUAUUAUUAUCAAGCGAUUAUAAAUAAAAACAGAAAAGCAGACAAAAUAAAAAGCGAUAUGAAAUUACAUGAUGGUUGUUAAUGAUUAUUAUGAUAAAUGAAUGAAUGAAUGAUUAAGCUAAACGACGGAAAAAUAAAGAAUCGUGUUCCACAUUCAUCAUAGUCAUAUAAA